AUGCUCGACAACAGCUGCUUGGCACAACAGCCUACACUCGCUCAGCUCAUCGCAUCGAAUGUUUCUUCGCAGCGCUUGACGGUGGUAGCAGUACUUUGGGAUGGAGUACCGCGAGCAGCGUUUGGAGAGGAGCUUGGCGAUACGUGGGUACGAGAAUGGAGAUGGCCGCUGGUGGGUCUUGCCGUUCCCAUGUCAGCGAGGAAACUGGUAGCACUACUCCAGACUCCAUGGCGCAUGCUCCCAGGCAUCUGUAGAGCUACUACAGGAAGUACUCCGCAGUGUCAGGUAGAGAACGCCAUGGAAAUGUCCUUUAAUUGCCAAGAGCGCCAUGCAAGGCAAUCCAAUGCGCGCGCUAUCGUAACUGGCGUGGGCUACGGCAAUCUAGAAGUGCCGUCGGCCUGUGAAGAUCGAUUGAAGCUGUCACCGACGCCCAGCUCAGAUAUAAUUUCUCAUCUUGCUUUCUUCUCUUUUUGCCUCGCUCUCUUUUUCUCUCUUCUUCUUCUUUCCAUGCUCUACCGUAUAUUGGCUGGCUGGCCACGAGGAGAAGCAUCUCCACAGCUUUCCCAGCUACAUUUGCCUCUGCUCCAGUUCCAGAUCACGAUUGCACAAAGUACCUACCUAGCUCCCAUUGCCUUUGAUAGAGAUGACUUCUCCAAAACCUCCAAAGAGAGGGGGUUUAAGCAAACUAGCCCCCAUACCCUGUGCGCUAGAGAUGGGUUAGUCCCAGGGCAAAGCGCCCACCAUCAGCGAGCCUGGGUGCCGUCCGUUUUUGCCUCUUCCCCAAGCCGCGGUAUUCUUGACGCUUUGGCAUCUCAGUUUGCCCCAAAAAGAAAUUUUCUUUCGCAGUUGCUCUUGUUUGGCGCAUACAUUCAAGAUCUAUCCAGCGAUAAUGGAGAAUCUUACGGGGCACUACUAGAUACCAUUCGCCUCGGUGCUUACUUGUACGCAAAAAUGCUUCGCAUCGGCCCCCGUCCCGCCGCUGUCUUCUCUGCUGCCCCCAGCGACGACGACACGGAGGUACUCGUACUCGCAGCGUCGGCAGAAGGCCUGCCAACUCGCCGUGAGAGAGCCCUACCCACGGCCGAGAUCAGCGAUGCCAGAGCCCAGGCGCCAGACAGACAACUGCCAGGCCCAAGGGGACCCCCGAAUGAUCCACCGCCGGUCGCCAAUCCCAGGCCCAUCCAUGCCAUGCCGUACUUGUAG